AUGAAUAGUGGGGAAGAAAUUCUUAAAUAAUUUGAUACUUUGCUUAAAUAAGUAGAUAAUUUUGAGGACUAAAGUCCUGAUGAUGAAAAAUUGAUGAACCUAAUUGAGAAAUUCUAAUUAACUCAAUAGGCAAUUAUUAAACUUUCACAUUUUUUCUCCAAAUGA